AUGGCCGCCAACAUUCUCAACGCAGAGGCUACGCAGGAGCGCGCAGAGAAUGCCCGUCUCUCCUCCUUUGUCGGCGCUCUCGCUCUCGGUGACCUCGUCAAGUCGACCCUUGGUCCUAAGGGCAUGAACAAGAUUCUCCAUUCGGCGUCGACGGGCGAGAUCACCGUCACGAACGACGGCGCGACCAUCCUCAAGUCGAUUGCGCUCGACAACCCCGCUGCGAAGAUCCUCGUCAACAUCUCGAAGGUGCAGGAUGACGAGGUCGGAGACGGCACGACUUCCGUUACUGUCCUUGCUUCGGAGAUUCUGCGAGAGGCGGAGAAGCUUGUUACGAUCCAGCGUGUGCACCCUCAGACCGUCGUUGAGGGUUUCCGAAUUGCCAGCAAGGCAGCGUUGCAGGCUUUGGAGAACGCGGCGGAGGACCACGGCAAGGACGAGGCGCAGUUCCGGGAAGACCUGCUCGCCAUCGCUCGCACAACCCUCUCCUCGAAGGUCCUCGCAGCCGACAAGAACUACUUCGCCAAGCUCGCCGUCGACGCAGUCAUGCGCCUCAAGGGCUCGACGGACCUCGACCACAUCCAGAUCAUCAAGAAGCAGGGCGGAAAGUUGACCGACUCGUACCUCGACGAAGGCUUCAUCCUUGACAAGAAGAUUGGCGUCAACUGCCCGCACCGGAUGGAGAACGCCAAGAUCUUGAUCGCCAAUACUCCCAUGGAUACCGACAAGAUCAAGAUCUUCGGCGCACGGGUCAAGGUCGACUCGACUGGCAAGCUGGCGGAGCUUGAGCGGGCAGAGCGGGAAAAGAUGAAGGCCAAGGUCGCGAAGAUCAAGGCGUCCGGCGUCACCUGCUUCGUCAACCGCCAGCUUAUCUACAACUACCCCGAAUCGCUCUUCGCCGAGGCUGGCAUCAUGUCGAUCGAGCAUGCCGACUUUGAGGGCGUCGAGCGUCUGGCGUUGGUCACGGGUGGCGAGAUCGCGAGUUCGUUCGAGGACCCGCAGGCGGUCAAGUUGGGACAGUGCGACGUGAUUGAGGAGAUCAUGAUCGGCGAGGACAAGCUCAUCAAGUUCUCGGGUGUCGCGGCUGGCGAGGCGUGCACUGUCGUCCUUCGCGGCGCGACAGGCCAGAUGAUUGAGGAGGCCGAUCGCUCGCUGCACGACGCUCUCUCGGUUCUCUCGCAGACGGUCAAGGAGACGCGGGUUGUACUUGGCGGUGGAUGCGCAGAGAUGACGAUGGCGGUUGCGGUCGACGAGGAGGCGAAGCGGACGGAGGGCAAGAAGGCGUUGGCGGUUGAGGCGUUUGCGCGGGCGCUGCGGCAGAUCCCGACGAUCUUGGCGGACAACGCUGGCUACGACUCUUCGGACCUUGUCGCCAAGCUUCGCGCAGCGCAUUACGAGGGGCGGAAAGACGCGGGUCUCGACAUGGAGAAGGGAACGGUCGGAUCGAUGAAGGAGUGCGGCGUGACCGAGUCGUACAAGCUCAAGCGGCAAGUGAUCCUCUCGGCGAGCGAGGCGGCGGAGAUGAUUCUCAGGGUCGACGACAUUUUGCGGAGUGCGCCGAGGAAGCGCGAGGGCCACUAG